GUCUGGACUCUGUGCUAUUCCUCAGCAGCAGAGAGAGAAAAGAAAACCAGCACAACUCCAAAGUAAACUUUGAAGAGUUUGCAAAAGGAAUUGAUUCUUAAAACUGUUUCUGUGCCCUGUAAGGCCCUUGUACAGGGGACUGUAAAGGAGGACGAUGGGCAAGGAAGCUUUGGCAAGAGAGCUGACAGCUGUGGGCUAUCUAGGAUCCAAGUAAAAAGCUCUACAGCUCUUCAGGAGAAAGGAGUCCCGAAUACUGUGCUGCUUUGAAGAGACCGCAGUCCUUAUCCAACGGAACACAUGGCUCUUUUAAAGAAAAUUAACCAGAUUUUACUGUUACUUCUUAUAUUAACCGUGUGUGCAAUUCUGUACAACAAAGUUCACAAAGCACCAUCUGCCUUAAAGAAUGACGCAGUUGACUUGGAGAGUCCCAUGGAAAUGGAGGAAGAAAUCCCAGUUGUAAUCUGUGCUGCUGCAGGCAGAAUGGGUGCAACUGUAGCAGCAAUCAGUAGCAUCUACAGCAACACAGAGGCUAAUGUUUUGUUCUACAUAGUUGGACUGAAGAACACCAUCCCACAUAUUCGAAAAUGGAUCGAAAAUUCUAAACUGAAAGAAAUAAAAUUUAAGACUGUGGAGUUCAACCCCAUGGUACUGAAAGGAAAAAUCAGACAAGAUGCAUCGCGUCCUGAGCUACUGCAGCCUCUGAACUUCGUUCGAUUUUAUCUUCCUUUGCUUAUCCAGAAACAUGAGAAAGUCAUAUAUUUGGAUGAUGACAUCAUUGUUCAAGGUGACAUUCAGGAACUCUAUGACACAAAGUUGGCUCCUGGCCAUGCUGCGGCUUUUUCAGAUGACUGUGAUCUCCCUUCCACACAUGAGAUGGUUAGAAGUGUUGGGAUGCAGAACACAUACAUGGGGUUCCUGGACUACAGAAAGCAAGCAAUUAGAGACCUCGGCAUCAGCCCCAGCACCUGCUCCUUUAAUCCUGGUGUAAUUGUUGCUAACAUGACUGAAUGGAAAAACCAGCGGCUCACAAAGCAGUUGGAAAAGUGGAUGCAAAGAAAUGUAGAGGAAAACCUCUACAGCAGCACCCUCGGGGGAGGUGUGGCGACCUCUCCGAUGCUGAUUGUAUUUCAUGGAAAGCAUUCCACUAUUAAUCCUAUGUGGCACAUACGGCAUCUCGGUUGGAGCCCCGAUACCCGGUAUUCAGAGCAUUUUCUUCAAGAAGCUAAAUUACUUCACUGGAAUGGGAGAUAUAAACCUUGGGACUACCCCAGCGUUCACACUGACCUCUGGGAAAACUGGUUCAUUCCUGACCCUUCAGGGAAGUUCAAAUUAACGCGUCCUGACAGCUGAUACUGAAAACACUUCAACGCAUUCAAACCCUUUGGUUUGCAGUAUGCAAAUAGUUGGCGACGCAAGACAUCAAAUCCUAUAACUAACUGAUUUUAGAAAACUGUUUCUUAAAUACUGCUGUGAAAUGGCCAUCAGUUUUAAGGGUUUAUGAGUGGUGUGUGAGUCACACAGCUCACAAUUUUCUUUACUUUCAAAUAAGGUGAGGAAACAAGUUUACUUUACAAUGAGACAUUUUCAUUAAAUAUGUACUGAGGUGGAGUCAGAGAAUGUGUUUCAAUGUGAGGUCCAGUAUGUGCCAGGAGAA